AUGGCCCCGACAGUCACCUCAAUUCAACCUCGUUACAUCAAGGACGGUUCAGAGGCCAUCACUGCCUUAUCAUUCUCUAUGGACGGUCACUAUUUGGCCAGUGCUAGCAAAGACACAUACCUGCGAGUAUACGAUGUCCACGCAAACUUCAAGAAGAUUCAGAGCGAGCCCUGCUCGUCUAGCAUUAGUGCUAUUGCUUGGAAUACCCCGGACUCGUUUAUUACUGGCAAUAGUGAUGGCGAACUUUUCAUUUCGAGUUUGAAACAACGUGGUGAGAAAGCGGAGCUCAUUUAUGAGUCCUCUUCGCCCAUCAAUGCAGUCGAGCUGGACAAGACGAGGCGUAUGAUGCUGAUUUGUGCGGGAGCCUACGUCAAUGUUAUGGAACAACAAGAAGUUGCUUUUAGUUUCAAUGCUGGCUUUACAUGUUACAGUUUCAACACUAAUUCCUGGGCCAAGCUCGACAUCAGCGUUGACAGUCGGAAGCGUGCUGUCGUCGAGCUGUCUGCUCAAAGCAUCCAGGGCCACUUAGUAGUCAUUCGGACGAUCAGGGGCUUUGUACAUGAAGAGCCCUGCCGGGUUGUUCAAAUUCUUCCAGGCACUCAUUCUAUUGCUCAGGUUAAAGCUCUCGCUUACUCGGAAGAUGGCCUGAUAGCCACCGGAGAUGGAGAUCCAGGUCAAAAUGCACAUACAAAUUUCUGGACCAGCGUGAUCCUGAUCCGCUUGAUAGAAUAUUGUUCAACGACCAUUCGUACUAUUCUGGGAGAAUUUCUACGCAUAACGAUCAUACUCCUCAUCCUGGUCUUGACCCUCAAAACUCUCCCAAUCGAAACUCAAAAAUCAAUUGCGCGCGCUAUCAUAUCGGCCAUUCAACAGAACAAGCCGGAACCUGUUCACAGUGCUCAUUCCUCACGACUCUUACCACCAUAUGUACUGCAGCAUUUCCUAUCAGGUUUCCGCGACGGGUGGGAAAGAUCUUCUCUUGAUGAUGUUGUCGAACUCUCAGCUGCUCUUCAACGAGAAAUCAUCAGCAUUACUGGCACAGUAUCUCUUUCUAAAAGGGUAGGCGAGCUAUCUAUCUUCCACACCAUGAACGUCGAAGCUACUCUACUACGACCUGUUGACAAUGUGUUCUAUAUGGACCGUGUAUACGAUUUCAGCUACUUCACCAUGGAUGAUGAUGGUAUGGUAUGGGAGGUCAAUGAAAACGACGCUGAUGAGCCAGCAUAUAGACCGCAAUCAUCUCAGCCUCAGAAAGACUCAGCCGCGACGCCAGGGGCUCAGCGCGGUAGAGCUACUUCUCCGAAACCUACAGGUGGUGCAACCGUUGGAUCUGGACAUAGUGCCAGUUCUCCGCCACCAGUAUCAUUCGCAUCUGGCCGGAAAGCACCAAAGUACAGGAUCAAGCCCUCACCACCUCCUAUCAUAGGGGGAAAACUUGUUCCAGGUAGAUUACGGACUGCGCCGUUCACCUCUCGGACCAGUCAAGGCGUCACUCCGUGGUAUGAAACUCAGAGUGAUGAAGAUCUCGAGGAACCUAUGCCAGUACCAGCGCCGGCAUUGGAAGGGACGGUGUAUAUACAUCGAAACAUGAACGAUGGUUGUUAUCAAGUUUGGGUUUGGAAGUUGGGUAACAAUGGACGGAAGAGCUGGCAUCCAGUCGACCUCGAUGGAGAUGCAGUCAUACACCCGAAAAUCAGCGACAGAAUGCUCCGACUGACGCGCAACGGAAAACCUAGUUGGAUCCUAACAAGUACCCAGACUACGUACGAAUCCCGCGAGAUACAUCGCGAGCGAGCACAAUCUCGAGCGCGAUCUCAAUCUCGAGGACCCACAGUUGGUUAG